AUGAUAUCCUCCAACAUGAGUUCUAAUCCUGAGGAAGACCCUUUGGAUACAUUUCUCCAGUAUAUUGAGGAUAUGGGCAUGAAGGCAUACGAUGGCUUGGUUAUUCAGAACGCAUCAGACAUCGCCCGAGAGAAUGAUCGCUUGAGAAAUGAAACCAACAUGGCCUAUUUGAAAGAGAAAAACGAAAAACGCCGAAGACAAGAAGAAGCAAUCAAGCGCAUAGGUGGAGAAGUAGGUCGCAGCCACGAAGGGAGUUACGUGGGCAAACAUUUCCGCAUGGGCUUCAUGACAAUGCCUGCUCCUCAGGACAGACUCCCACAUCCUUGUUCCAGUGGCUUCUCUGUGAGAUCACAGUCUCUGCACUCUGUUGGGGGUGCAGACGAUGACAGUAGCUGUGGUUCCCGAAGACAGCCACCACCCAAGCCCAAGAGGGACCCCAGCACCAAGCUGAGCACCUCAUCGGAGACGGUUAACAGCCCAGCAGCCAGCAAGAGCAGCAAGCCCCCCGAGAGGACUGAAGUGUCAGCCAAACCAAGACCCCACAGUGAUGAAUAUUCAAAGAAGAUUCCUCCUCCUAAACCCAAACGGAAUCCAAACACUCAGCUGAGCACGUCUUUCGAUGAAACUUACAUCAAAAAGCACGGGCCCAGGAGGACGUCGCUGCCUCGCGAGGCCUCCGUGUCGCAGGUCAGCAGCCCCGCGGGAGACCCCGAAGAGGAGGAGCCCGUGUACAUCGAGAUGGUGGGAAACAUCCUCAGAGACUUCAGGAAAGACGACGACGACCAGAGCGAGGCCGUCUACGAGGAAAUGAAAUACCCCAUUUUUGACGACUUAGGCCAAGACUCCAAGUGUGACUUUGACCUUCACAGUUGCUCUUCGCAGUGUGCUACGCCCACGGUGCCUGACUUGGACUUCGCCAAGUCCUCUGUGCCAUGCACUCCUAAGGGUCUGCUGUGUGACAUCCCCCCGCCCUUUCCCAACCUGCUCUCUCACCGACCCCCCCUGCUGGUGUUCCCACCGGCCCCUGUGCAUUGCUCCCCCAAUUCCGACGAGUCUCCCCUCACCCCACUGGAGGUCACGAAGCUUCCCGUGCUGGAAAACGUGUCUUACAUGAAGCAGGCGGCUGGAGCGUCUCCGUCCUCACUGCCACCCCAUACCUCCGGCCAUCCCAAACUGGAGAAAGACCAGGCCGGUGGGGCCCUAGGAUCUGCUUCUGCCACUCCAGUGCUGUCCUCGUCCCCGCCGCCCCCUUCCACUUUGUACCGAACCCAGUCUCCCCAUGGCUAUCCGAAAAGUCAUUCCACCUCCCCGUCCCCUGUCAGCAUGGGGAGGUCCCUGACUCCCCUGAGCCUCAAAAGGCCUCCCCCCUACGACGCUGUGCAUUCAGGCAGCCUCUCAAGGGGCUCUCCAUCAGUGCCUCAUUCCACCCCCAGACCCGUGUCGCAGGAUGGGGCAAAGAUGGUCAACGCUUCGGUGAACACCUACGGGGCGCCUCCCAGCGGCUCUCGGUCCAGGACGCCCACGAGCCCUUUGGAGGAGCUGACCAGCCUCUUCACGUCGGGACGGAGCCUGCUGAGGAAGUCGUCCAGUGGCCGCCGCUCCAAAGAACCUGCAGAGAAAUCAACAGAGGAGCCGAAAGUCCGAAGCCACAGCACAGAACCGUUACCAAAGCUGGACAGCAAAGAGAGAGGACACCAUGGGCCUUCUUCCUCCAGAGAGCCUGUCAAAGCUCAGGAAUGGGAUGGUACUCCGGGUCCACCUGUGGUCACCAGUAGACUGGGAAGAUGCUCUGUGAGCCCCACUUUGUUGGCAGGAAACCACAGUUCAGAACCCAAGGUGAGCUGCAAGUUAGGCCGGUCUGCGUCCACGUCAGGUGUGCCCCCUCCGUCAGCGACUCCUCUCAGGCAAGCCAGCGACCUGCAGCAGAGCCAGGUGGCAUGCAUGCAGUGGUUUCAUGGAGACCAUACAAUGCUUGAGAUGAUUGAGAAAAAGCGUUGCUUGUGCAAGGAAAUAAAGGCUAGACAGAAAACGGAAAAGGGCCUUUGCAAACAGGAUAGCAUGCCUAUCCUGCCCAGCUGGAAGAAGAACGCAGGUGCAAAGAAGUACAGCCCUCCACCCUAUUCUAAACAGCAAACGGUAUUCUGGGAUACUGCCAUAUGA